AUGAAUAAUCGGUCGGCUUUUAGAAACACUCUCCGCGGUUCCCUGACUUGCUAGAAGGAUCACAAAUGUUCUGGCAUUUUGCAACCGUCAGCACAAUGGAAGCUUCUCAGCAAUUCCUGUAUUUGGAGGAAGCUGUGUGUGCCUUACAGCUUCCGCCUAUAAAUCCAUGACUGAAGACCGUGUUUGAGAUCUCGUUCUUUCAUCAGAAUACAAUACAAACAGUAAAGCAUCAAAGCAUUCACCAUUCAACCUUUCACAAAGUUUUGAGUCAUCAUCAAGACUCCCUCAGAAAAUCAUCAAGACCACUACCGGAACUUCAACGCGCGGAAACUCAUCAGAUCAUACAAUGGCUUCCUUCUUCCGACCUCACUACCACUACAACAUUCCAGAGCCCAACUUCCAGGGUCUCUUCCGUCUCAUUGAUGAUUUCGACCGCUACAGCAACCAAGGCUCUGCCGACAAGACCCAGUCCCGCCAGAGCCGAAACAAUGUCAGCUUUUUCACUCCAAAGUUCGACAUGACCGAGUCGGAGACCGCUUACGAGCUGCAUGGUGAACUACCUGGUCUCAACAAGGAGGACAUCCACAUCGAAUUCAGCGACCCGCAGACCCUCCAAAUCCGCGGCAAGAUUGAGCGUACCCACACCGCUGGUACACCACCUGCUGGCCUCGUUGACAAGUCCGAGACAAGCGGGACUAUCACCGAGAACGGCGAGGAGCACGCCGAGACAUCAUCAGUCAAGUCGCAUAAAGUAACCGUCGAGGACGACCCUGAGGAGAGUGGCACCGUCGCGUCAUCAAACGCUACUCCUAGGGACACACCCGCAUCCACAGUCGUCGAGGCCGCCAAGCCUGAGCAGCCCAAGCAAGAGGCCCCCAAGCACAAGUUCUACCUGGUCGAGCGCAAUGUCGGCUCAUUCGCCCGCUCCUUCAACUUCCCGGGCCGUGUGGACAACGAUUCGGUCCAGGCUUCGCUUGACAAUGGAAUCCUGACCGUUACUGUUCAGAAGGCCAAGAAGCACGAGAGUCGCCGCAUUACCAUUAACUAAGGCGUUUUUACAAGCUGAAGGUUAAUUAACAAUGAUGGUAUUGCAUUGCGAUGGACAUUAGCAUGGAGUGCAUGGUUUUAGCGUCGGGUUUACUACUUUGAUAAUGGAUAUUGGUUUGCUUUGUUCCAAGCAGGACAGCAGGAGAAUUUAAUCAUAUAAGCAUUCAUUUGCCUAAUACGGCUUAAUCUCCUCGCAUUAGACUGUACACUAAAUAGCACAUAAUGAAUAAAGUGCACUA